AUGUUUGAGGACACCAGGCGGGGGUACUUUCUGUGCCUGGCCGACUGGUGGGAGGACUCUGAAGGAUCCAUGUCGCUGUGGCCCUUCGGUUGCAACUGCGGGGCCACUGAGGUGGUUUCCCCACCCGGCUCCCCCAGCAGACGGGGCCGAAGCUCCGCCCAGACCUUGUUGGCAAAGGGCCGCGAGUCCUCGGUGCCACCCACCAAGGGCACAGUGGAAGUGGUCCGAGUGGCGACCACGGACGAGAUGUCGGACACGCAGCAGGUCUCCAGCUCAUCCUUGCUGGAAAAGCCCCGCGUGGAUGUCACUAGAAGUCCGGCUGUGGAGAUGGACUUGGACAACAACGGUUCUCGCAGUGUUAAAAACACUGUGAGAUGGCAGGUGGAAGUCAUGGGAUCCUCUCCCAAGUCGCAGAAGUCUCAAAAGUCCCUAGAAAAAGCGGAACGGACACAGAAGAAAAGAAAAACUUUACACACCUGGCUCAGCGCAAUGCUGGAUGUCUCCGAAGGUGGCUUCGACACUGUGACGGUGCCGGAAGGAGGGUCUCCUGCUUCCUUUGCCCAUUCGAGGUCUAGGACUUUGCACCCACCAUCGGUGGCUGGAGGACUGAGCCCUUCUUCCAGAUCGCCCCGCAGUCGCGGCUGGCGAAGUCCUAGCUCCAAGAGCCCCUCGAGCCCCUCCAAGAGCAUCCCCAGUCCCACAGGAGCCUCAGGGCAGCCGAGUAUCCUGUGGCUGCUGCGUGAUCACUUUGUGAACAACGUGGAUGCAGAUGGCUCCGGACAUCUUUCUAGGGAUGAUCUCUUUGAGCACAUCAAGGAGAAUCUGGAGGAAGAUGAGGGAACCCUGAACGCAGAAGACAUCGAACUUCUUCGGGAGGUGGAGCGCUGUCGCUUCAGUGAGAUGGAUUUAGGUCUGGGAGGAGAAGACCUGGGCAUGGCCGAGUGGCUUCACUUCAUGCUCCUCCGGGCAUCGGCUCCGAGUCACGUUGCCGCCAAGCACUUGAACCGACACCUCCGAAAAGCUUUGGAGGAAGACUUGGAACUGCUUGGUCGGAUUCAUGCUGCCUUUGAGUACGCUGAUUGCCAAGGUGAUGGCCUCAUUCGUCAAGAAAAAUGGCCAGAAGCCUUUGAAGUGGUUGGUCUAGGCCAACCUCCCGAUGAAAUUUUGGAAGACCGGGAAGAAGAUGGAUCGCCAUGGGCCUUAAGCUACUACGAGUUCGUGGCUCACGCUCUGGGUUUGAAGGCUGCUGUGGUGGAACUGGCACUGUACGACUUGUCCCAAGGAGUUGCACAGUGGGUGCCACCCUCCUUGUUGGGUGGCCAUAAGUUGGAUGGCGUUUGGCAUUCGGGCCUUCGAGUUUUCGGCAAAGAGUUCUGGUAUGGAGGCGUCAUCUUGGAGUCCAACUACAAGGAUGUCCCCUUUGGCGAACCCGCCGCCGUCAUCCGACUUGGCUCCACCCUGAGGUCGCAUGAAGAUCUGGUGGAAUUCCUGAAGGAAGAUGUUUAUGUAGACUACAAUCCUCGUAUGUACGACGUGCUGCGGCGGAAUUGCAAUCACUUCUCCAAUGAAUUAGCGCAGUUCUUACUCCACGGCAAGCAGCUGCCAGAAGAGGUCCUCAUGCAGCCGGAAUGGUUGAAGGAUGCCGCCCUUGUUCGCACGAUGCGGCCCCUGCUCAACCGUUGGUUGGGCGGCUUUGGGGACGCACUCACAAGUGGUGCCGGGGAGGACUCUACACCGCAGGCAGUCAGUCGAAUCGACGAUCUCACAGAGGAGUGGAGGUUCCGACUUCAAGCCAAUGAUUUGGUCAUGCAUCGCACUCGUUUUAUUGAUCGGCCACGCGCUGUCCGAAUUGUCUCCAUUGGCGAUGAGAACGGCAGCCGGGUGGCGGAGGUGAAGUUUUUCAAGCCCUCAGCAGCUGAUGGGUUGCCCUCUGCCGGAGCACUUCCAUCCUUCUCUUGGGAAGUGGUGCACUUGUCCGCUGUGCCGCUGAGGCAGUUCUACCCCUUGCUUCAGGAGGAACACGGCUGUGCUCACAUCCUUCGAGCCGGCUUGGCCAUCAGAGACGAUGGUGCACGGGCAGUGCUGCAAAGGCCGCGAAGCGUGCGAGUGCAGCCGCAGUGCACCAAGGGCCAUUUGCUUAAGCCGGAGGAAGCAAAGUGGUUUAGCUUUGUGCAGCCCAAAACCUGCACUGUUUGUCGUAAUGUCGUGGGCACGCAUGAAGUGACGCAUACUUGUGCACAGUGCGACUUUGUCCUUUGCUCGAGUUGCCGGCACUCAGCUGCCCAGCUCCCUUGUGGUGGUGCAUUUUCAGAUGUUCUUUCUCCGGAUCUCGCAAGAGCUUUCCUGGGGAAUGAGGACUGGCUCACCUACAAAGCACAGGUCUAUUUCGUCAAAGCCGAUCACAACUCCAUGGGUUUUUUGGACAAGCCCAAAGCGCGGCGCGUGGACAACCGCUUGGCAGCGGAGCUCGGUGUAAAGCCGCUGGGGGAUUCCGAGCUCGUUCAAGCUCUGAAGGAGGCGAGUGGAGCUCUAGAGCUGAGCGAGUCCGCGUUUCAGCACUUUUUUUCCUCGGCCGUGACGCGCGCCUUAGCGCGGCUGGAAGCUGGGAAGCUGUGGCGCCCCAAGCGGCGCGGCAGCCGAAGAUGA